GGAGAUCCAAGCAUAGACAGACAAGGACGAGAGCCAACAGUGAUCACUAGCGAGCCUUCCCUCACACAAUUCGCAAAAAUAGACUGCAUGCGGGAGGCCUCGGCGUUCCAAAACAGCAUAGCAAGGGCUCGCGACAGCGCUCCGAGGCUCACAUGACAGCUUGCCAAAACUCUGGAUCACGUGGGAAGGGAGAUGUUGCGGCGGGGUGCUCGACUGACUUCCCUGCUGGCUCAGUAGCUGCGAGAACAGAAAACUAAACAAACCUGUGGAGCAGUAGUCCAGUUAUUGUGGCGGAUCACAUUUGUUUGUAAAUUUGGCAGACAAAUCGCUUACACGCCAUCUUGUUGAAACAUUUGUCUCACAUUUGAAAGUUGUUUUACGCGGCUUCUCAAGCACGGGGAACGUGUUUGGGAAUGCUGACACUCGUGGUUUCAAUCACAAAGGAUCCAAACAAAUACCAACCUGAACUGACAAAAAGAACAGCCUAGCUUCUCUUUCAUAAGCCAUUUCCAGGAAAUGGCAACUAAACGGUCCGGCAAGGGAAGGGACAAUCCUGAGUCGUUCUCCUUGACGGUUGAGGCCAAGACCAGUGAUGAGCGGAGGGGAGGGGGAGGGGGUGGGGUUAGGUCUGGUUCUGGCCCCGCCUCCACGUGGCAGGGGUUCCGGCGUAAGGUGGGCCUGCUGGUUCCGUUCCUGUGGCCCAGGGGCAGCACCCGCCUCCAGCUACUGGUCCUCCUCUGCCUGGGCCUACUGGGCCUGGAACGCUUCCUCAACGUCCUAGUGCCCAUCUAUAACAGGAAGAUAGUUAACGAGCUGUCGGAGAGGGAAUCGUGGGAAGCUCUGGCCUUCAGCGUCUGCAUCUACGUCCUCAUCAAAUACCUACAGGGCAGCGGAGCAGGUGUGUCGGGCAGUGUUAGUAACCUGCGCUCAUUCAUCUGGACUGCGGUGCAGCAGCAUACGUCUGUGGGGGUGCAGGUACGUCUCUUCUCGGCACUACAUGGCCUGUCCCUGAGAUGGCACCUGGGUCGACACACUGGGGACGUCCUGCGCAGCGUGGACCGCGGCACCGCCUCCGUCAACAACCUGCUGCUAUACAUUGUGUUCAGCAUCGUGCCCACUAUGGCGGACAUCGUCAUCGCCAUCAUCUAUUUCAUCACCUACUUCAACGUGUGGUUCGGCCUCAUCAUCCUCAUCUGCAUGCUGCUCUACCUCACUCUCACCAUCAUCAUCACUGAAUGGAGGACCAAGUACCGACGCCGCAUGAACGAGCAAGACAACAUCGCCAAGUCCAGAGCCGUGGACUCACUGCUCAACUUCGAGACGGUGAAGUACUACAACUCAGAGGGCUAUGAAGUUCAGUCUUUUCAAGAAGCUAUUUUGAAGUACCAGGCCUGUGAGUGGAAGACGAAUGCGUCCCUGGCCCUGCUGAACGAGGUGCAGAACAUCAUCAUCGGAGGAGGUCUGCUGGCCGGAUCACUACUGUGUGCUCACCUGGUCACCGUGGACACCUUUAAAGUGGGAGACUAUGUCCUGUUCAGCACCUACAUCAUUCAGCUCUACACGCCACUCAACUGGUUUGGAACCUACUACAGAAUGAUCCAGAGUUCGUUCAUUGAUAUGGAGAAGAUGUUUGACCUGCUGAUGGAGGAGAGAGAGGUAAAGGAUGAGGUGAACGCUGGUGACCUUCAGCUCCUUGAGGGGAAAGUGGAGUUCCAGAACGUCUGCUUCAGCUACGUGGAAGGGAAGGAGAUUCUUCAGGACGUGUCGUUCACUGUGCUGCCUGGACAGACUGUGGCCUUGGUGGGUGCGUCUGGCGUGGGCAAGAGUACUCUUCUAAGACUACUCUUCCGCUUCUAUGAUGUCCACUCAGGGUGCAUCCGGAUCGAUGGGCAGGACAUCAGCAAGGUGAAGCAGACCUCUCUGCGUUCCUGUAUUGGCGUGGUUCCCCAGGACACCGUGUUGUUUAACUCCAGCAUACGAGACAACAUCCGCUACGGACGCGUUGCCGCUAGUGACCAGCAGGUGGAGCAGGCAGCGGAGGCCGCGGACAUACACACGCACAUCCUCAACUUCCCCCAGGGUUAUGAGACGCAGGUUGGGGAGAGAGGUCUGAAACUGAGUGGCGGGGAGAAGCAGCGUGUGGCCAUCGCACGCACCAUCCUCAAAGACCCACGUAUCAUACUCCUGGACGAGAAGCAGCAGCAGCAGUCUGAGGAUGCGGACAAUGGCACACACGCAGACACAGACGCAGACGAGCACACUCCGGCAGAUGACUCCACGCACACUCCCUGA